AUGCUCUUCUUGAUCUCACAGCUGAUUAGGGAGAAGCUGAAGCCCGGUGUUAGCUACUGCUGCUGGAAUCCAUGGCGGAAGACGUCGAAAGGGUCCAUUCUGUCGGUGCACAUCGCCAAGGAGGCCGGUCAGCUGGUCUUCUUCGUGAACAGCCCGUGGUGUCCCAAGCGCAGCAGCGGGAAAGAUGCCGGACUAUGGCAGCUGCUCUCCAAGGCGCCGCGGUACGACUCGCCGUUCGCCAACAACAGCCUCAUGGACCGCCUGCUGGGCGAGAUCAUGGCGCUCGAGGACUCCUUCUGCAGGACUCCGAGAUUAGGAAGUGGCAGCAGUGGUGGCGGAGGAGGCAGCAUCGGCGCCAUAAGCAGCAGCAGUGGGCGGCACAGGAGGGUGAAGUGGAGGUCGCUGGACGCCUUUGUGCGCCGCCUGCACGCCAGGCGCAGGGCGCUCUCACAUCUGCACCCACCGCCGCACGGCCUCUGCGGCUGCGUCACCCUUGAAGUCAGCUGGAGCGAUGUGCGCGGCCUCCGAUACGAGAAUGAACUGCAGGCGGAAGCCAAUCUGGCGAUGGAGGUCACACGAGUGGUGAAGCGCGAGUAUGACUCGUUUGACCACGCCGUGCACUCACAUGCCCUGCGCCUCUACCCCGCCACGCCCUCCCAUGGAGCCACACCGUUGCCUGGGAACACUCCCCUGCAGGGGACCAACGCCUCCCACGCCUCUGUGCCUGCUGCCAGUUCACGUGUCUCCACUGGUCUGUGGAUGGGCGGGAGGACGUUCAGUGGGAAUCGGGCAGGACCAAACCCUCCACACCAAGAGCAGCAGCAGCAACGCCAGCAGCAGGCAGGCACAAGCCAGUCCAGUUCGGACCUGAACGCAUGGAUGAGCGACUCCAGUGAGAGGUUUUCAGAGGGGUGCAGUGAGGUGGGCUUGCUAGACGCUGAUUUUGUUUUCCACGCCCAAUCAGAGGGUGAGUGCUGUGAUGAUAGCAGAAGCCGGGAGGUGACGAAUGGUGGAAAUCCGGCAGAGGAGAGGAUGCCGAAGGGAAUGGUGCUUGGAAACGCACCUGCUUGGUUGUUAGAGAAUGGGAGUGGUGGUGCCGCUGAUGAGAGGGAGUCCUUUUUGAGUGGGGAGCCUAGCUAUGCAUCCUGCUGGGAACAUGAGUUUCCACUGUACAGCGAGAGUCGAUCCAGUGUACAUGAUGACGUGGAAGCAGAUGGCGUGGAAUCAAGUGCAUGUGAUUAUAUUGAUGCAGAGCCACGUCAUACCUCAGAAAGCUGGGAGGAGGUGGAGGCAAAGUCACCACCCAAUGUACAUGAUGAUAUAGAGGCAGAUGGGGUGGAAUUGAGUGCGUGUGAUUUUAUCGAUGCAGAGCCACAUCACAGCCCAGAAUGCUGGGAGGACGUGGAGGCGGAGUCACAGCCCAGUGGAGAUGACGACGUGGAAGUGGUAGGGAUGGUAUCUAGUUGUAUGCGUGGAGAGAUGGAAGCAGUUGGGGUGGCAUCCAGUGUACAUGAUGACGUGGAAGCAGACGGGAUGGCAUCGAGUGUCUAUGAUGACGUGGACCAGGAUGAGGUAGUGUCGAGUGUGUAUGAAGGGACGGAGGAAGAGGCGUGGGAUAGUCCAGAGGGCUGGGAGGAGGUGGAGGCAGAAUUUUUACAGACUCUUUGUGAUGGCAGGGGCGCAGAUGGGGAAGUGUCGAGCGAGUUUCACGAGAUGGAAGCAUAUCCAAUGGAAGCAGGACCCCACCUCCCAUCCCCCCACCAAACCCGCACCCCUCCCACUCACCUCACCUACCCCUCCACCCUCCUAUCCUCUCCGAAACCCCUCCUCCCAGCCCUUCGCGCCCCUCCCACCACCAUCACCUACCCAGACACCCUCCUCCUCUUCCGCUUCACCCACCCGCAUCUCCCCGCCGCCCUUGCUGACGUCAUCACCACAGACCAGCGCCUGCUCCACCAAUUAGAAUCCGGCCUGCCUGCGUGGGCCGUUUUCCUCCAAUCCUGCGCCGGCCUCUCGGCCCUCUACCGCCCCUGGAUGCGUCCUCUCGUCGCGUACGCGUGCUUUAUAGUCUCCCUCGUUACAGUCCUCAUUGGAUUCUACGACCUGUAUAAGAACAUCCCGGUGCUACAGGAAAUGCUGGCGCGGAUGCUGGGGCCGAUAUGGUCAGUUGUAGGCACAUGGGACAUGGGAACAAGACUAAGAUACCUGGGAACGAUUCUCUUUCUGCAGAACUGGGAACGGGCAUUCAAGUGGCUAUCCUCCUCCUGGAAAGUCAUCUCGCAUGGGCUUUCCCUUCUCUCCUACCUCCUCUCUCUCCUCCUCCGUCCCUUCCAGCACCCCUGCUCGCUCCUCUCACACGCCUUCCUCCUCUGCCUCUCCAAACUCCUCUCCACCGCAUGGAACCUCGUAUCUGCCCUCAGGAAGCUGGUUACCAGCAGCGGCCGGUUCCUCAGCUACACCAUGCGUCCCCUGUGGCUGCUGGGGCAGCACACACUUGUCCCCCAACGGCUUGCUGCUGUAUCGGCUCCUCGCGCAAGCAUGCAGCAGCAGCGUGUGGAGAGUGUCUCAGCUGCUGUCUGCUCAGCUGUCGUUUGUGUAUACUCAAGCUGUGCUGCUGGGCCGGCUGCUUGGGAUGCUCCUUCACCCGCUGCUGCUCCUUGCUCGUACCCUCUGGGCCGUAGUGUAUCAUUUUCCCUGCUCUCAUGCACCUACCUCUGCCCUCUCAUCUCUCUCUCGUGUCUCAAUCCUACCAUUUCUCACACUUACGCUGCACAUUCUCACAUCCUCAUCUUUCACUCCUUCUGUCCCGCCAUCUCUCCCUCCGUCUCACCCACCAUGUCUCCCCACCGUUCUCCAGGUCGAGCCAUCAUCCUGCCCCUAGUCCAGUUCAUCCACCUCCUCCUCACGCCUCUCCUCUCCGCCCUCCUCUCUCUCCUCAAGCUCCCCCUCCAGCUGCUCCGUCUGCUGCUGCAAAUCUCCUCCUUCCUCUACUCCACCUUUUCUCACUCAUUCUCGAACUCCCUCUCCCUCUCCCUCGCCUCCUCCCUCAAAGCCCUCUCCCUUCACUUGACACACCUCUCCAACACCCUCUUGCUUCACCUUGUGUACCUUUCCAAGACCCUCGUGCAACCAAUCACAUACUCCAUAAAAGCCCUCUCUUUCACCUUCGCUUACGGAUUUAAAUCUGUGGCUAAUACUUUCUCCUAUAUCUCCAAGGCUGUUACCUCUUCCCUGCGAUUGGUCGGAGGGGCUCGAAAGCUAGGCUCGGCGACCAAGGCUGUGGGACAGCAGAUCUCUGCUGCAGGUUCGGCAGUUGGGCAGGUUUCCGCAGCUGCAGGUUCAGCGGUGGCUCGGUCGCCGUCCUCCUCUCUGCUGCAGCUGUGGCAUAACCUCUUCCAGAAGGUGGGGUUACCAGAGACAUUGUUCCGAGCCUUCAUGUGGAUCUUCAAGGGCGUGGGCUCCUUCGUAGCUGCUGCUAACAGACACCGCCUCAGCACGAGGCACUAUGUGCUGUCCCAGGCGCGCAGGCUGCAAGCUCGGUCUCUCCAAGCUGCUCAGCACGCCCAGUCAACAGUGCUCAAGUAUGGUCGCAAGCUGCUUGCUCCCCCUCGCAUUACGACCGCUCCUCCAGAGAUUCUAGUUGCUGCUCGACCAGGGGAGACUGCACGAGUGGGGAAUCGUGAGGAGGAGGGGGGGCAGGGGGGAAGGGGAGGGGGAGUCUCAGGGGUUGUCGUCACUCGUGAAGGGGCUGAGGAGGAGCAGCAGGGGGGAAGAAGAGGGGGAGUCCCAGGGGUUGCUGUCAAUCAUGACGUGGCUGAGGAGGAGUUCUGGGAUGCCCCAGAGAGCAUCAUCGAUGGGGGACCUGAGGAGGGUUGUGAAGAGGAUUCUGAUUCCGAAUGGGACAAGUUUGAGGAGGGAAGUGACUUUGAGGAUAAGGGUGAUGAGGAGGAUGAUGAGGAUACAAAGGUUUCAGGAGAUCACCAGGACGAGGAGGAGGACGAGGAGGGGGAGGAGGAGGAGGGGGGGGGAGGAGGAGGGGGUGUUUGA